AGGAGGGACAAGGAGAUGACAAACCAGACAGCUGUGACAGAAUUCAUCUUGCUGGGGCUCCAAGAGCACCGUAACCUUGAGACAGUCCUGUUUGUGCUCUGCCUGGGCAUCUACGGUGUCAAUGUCCUGGGGAACUCCCUCCUCAUGGGGCUGAGCGUGCUGGACCCCCGCCUGCACAGCCCCAUGUACUUCUUUCUCAGCAACCUCUCCCUCAUGGACAUCUGUGGCACAUCCUCCUUUGUGCCUCUCAUGCUGGUCAACUUCCUGGAAGCCCAGAGGACCAUCUCCUUCCCUGGCUGUGCCCUGCAGAUGUACCUGACCCUGGCGCUGGGUUCCACAGAGUGCCUGCUCCUGGCCGUGAUGGCCUAUGACCGUUACGUGGCGAUCUGCCAGCCACUUAGGUACCCAGAGAUCAUGAACGGGCAGACUUGUGUGCGGAUGGCAGUGCUGAGCUGGGGGACAGGCUUUGCCAACUCACUGCUGCAGUCCCUUCUCACCUGGAGCCUCCCCUUCUGUGGUCACAAUAUCAUCAACCACUUCUUCUGUGAGAUCUUGGCAGUGCUGAAACUGGCCUGUGGGGACAUCUCUCUCAACGCACUGAUGUUAGUGGUGGCCACAGCGGUCCUGACGCUGGCCCCACUCCUGCUCAUCUGCCUGUCCUAUGUUGUCAUCCUUGCUACCAUCCUUAGGGUGCCCUCUGCUGCAGGCCGGCGCAAAGCCUUCUCCACCUGCUCUGCCCACAUCACAGUGGUGGUGGUUUUCUAUGGGACCAUCUCCUUCAUGUAUUUCAAGCCCAAGGCCAAGGACCCUGACCUGGAUAAGAUUAUUGCACUGUUCUAUGGGGUCGUGACACCCUCACUGAACCCCAUCAUCUACAGCCUGAGGAACGCAGAGGUGAAGGCUGCUGCCCUAGCCCUGCUUGCGGGAGGCCUGCUCUCCAGAAAAAUGGCCCACCCUCUCUGUUGCUCUUCACCUCUAUCAUGCACGGCAGGCUAG